CACGUGCGUGUGAGCUGUCAGACAAAAACUCGUUAGUCAGUGCGGACUUUGGACAGAGUGUGGAGACGUAAUUUGCUGAUUUGUCCUUCAGACGGCAUAUAAAUUGGACACUGAAACUGAAAAAUAAUUUACACUGAUAUAUCGCUGAAACAGUAACAAUAUACAUUGGAACUACAUGUACAGACAAGCACUGAAUAUGGAACAAGAGCAGAUAGCCAAUGAGCAGUUUAUAAAUCGUCUUGGUAGCCUCCCUGUUGUAAGCUCAGCAUGGAGUCAAGCCUGUGACAUCUAUGCCAAGACAAAGGACUGUAAUUCAAUACUGAGAGCAACAUGUAACAUGGCCGAGGGUGGUGUCCAGACUGUUGUGUCUACAGCUAAACCUUACGUUGAGAAAUACCAGCCUCACAUUGAGAAAGUAAAUGCCUAUGCUUGUGAGAAGCUGGCACUGUUUGAGGAGCAGUAUCCUGUGAUCACUAAACCAACUGACGAGGUCCUCAAGGAGGGUAAAGAGAAAUGUGCCAAUGUGCUCAAACCUGUCACUGACCGAGUAACUGCUGUAAAAGACUCGUACCAUGGUAUCGUCAACAAAGGACAAGAAACAUAUGAUGCAACUAAAGGCAAGGUUGAAGCUGUUAAAGACUACGGUGUGACAACAAUUAGCAGGACCCUGGAAUCACCUCUUGGAAAGUUUGCCAUGGAGAAGGUGAAUGAGGCCCUGACCGUGUCUGAGGAUUACGUAGAGAAGUACCUGCCGCCAACAGAGGAGGAGCUUGCAGAGGAGAAAAAAGCUCCCUUGGAAGUUGAUGAAGUUGGUACACUGACCAGAGUUACUUCCCUUAGUACAAAGCUUCGACAGAGGAUGUACAAGAGAGCAAUGAAAGACCUCAAAGGCGUACAAAUGAGAAGCAAGGAAAAAUUGGAGGGGCUCAACUUUACUGUUGACUUGAUCAAGUAUGCAAAGUCUGGUGCUGGUGAAGUGAAGGACACAUUGGAGGAGAAGUAUGAGAUAGCACAGACAAAAAUGGCCGAAUAUUGGGAGAAGAUAAACGAAGAAAAUGAUACAGAUGAUGAAGAAGUACCAGUAACGUUGGAAGGGAAAACUAUUGUUGUUGCUAGGCGACUGACACGACAAGUGAAACAAAGCAUGACCACCGUAUCCGGAUAUCUGCCCACCCGCCUUCAACCCACCGUUGUUCGUGAAAGAAUGGAAAAUGCUCUCAAAUAUACAGAGGAACUAUACCAGGCAUUUAAGGAAGCACAAGGGUUUGAUGAUCUGCCAAACUGGUUACUGACACAGGCCAAGGAAAAAAUGUUGUACGUCCAGGAAACCGUGUCAUUUCUCACUGAAACGUUCCUUGUGGCACCAAUCAGUUGGAUGGUGUCCAAACGUAGUUUAGAGCCCACCCCUGGGAUGCCACGCCCUGAAUCCGAUAGUGGGGACGUUGAAAUGGAGCCGAUCAACCGGGAUAAAGAAGAGGAGGAAUAAUUGACUGUGCACUGACUUUAUAAACUACCAGUAUUCACUGCAGAUACUCUAACUUUCUGAAGAGAGAACUUUGUGUUAUAUAAAAAAAAUCAAAAGCGUAGUAUGUUUUGUUUGUUGUAACACUAGUUGUAUUUGUGAUAUUAAAUUGUGCCUAAAAUAUUUUUUCUGUCAAGUUGUCAAACAAAAUGAAUGUAGCAUGGGUCAUAUCCUGUGCAUAGAAAUAUUUUAAUACACUCUUCUUUUACUAACAUUCUUAUAUCAAUUGUCUCUAUUUAAGAUGCCACUUUUGGCUGUUUAGCAACUUUUGCAUCAUUAAACACAGAAAUUUAAUGAGCAAAUAUUUGGAAAAUGACAAAUCUCUCCUCCAAUCAUAAAAGCCAAAUUUGGUAAUUUGAUUUAAAACCAGUCAUCAGAAUUUCAAUUUCAGCAUUUUAAAUAUUUCAAUGUUAAUUUAAAAUUUUGCUGUGGAUAUUGGCAUUACUUGAGAAAAUUGAAUUUUGUUUUUCCUGAUUUUUUUUUAAUGGUUUGUCAUCUUAAAUAGAGACAUGCUAAAAAAAUCAGUGAAUGUUCAUGUAGCAAUUUGGAAUUGGAAAAACAAAGUUUUAUAGAAACAUUAUUCGAUUUUGAUAUCGGAGUACUUGUGUUAUGAAAUAUUACUGGUAUAUAAUUUUGAUAAAGUGCUUUAUUACACUGCAUAUGUUUCAGUGUUGUUUAAUGUCUGUGUUUUCAGUGGUGCUUGAAAUAAAACUUGUGCCUGCAUAAUGUUUAUUUAAAAUAAUUGAUUUUUGUUGAAAACAAUGUCUUGAGAAAUGUGUUUCUAAUGGAAUGUUUCCAAUGAUACCAAAAACUAGUAGAAAAAUAUGCAUUGAAAUUAGCAUGAACAAAAAGUCUUCAUAAAAAUACAGAAAUGUGUGCAUAAGUAUAGAACAUCUUAACAUUAAAGUGAAAAUAGUUGCAUGGUUCUAGAUUUUCAAAUUAAAAUAAGUUAAAAAAAAAACAAAAAAACAGCUUACAAUAACCAACCUCUGUUUUGGACUAGUUUUAUGUAAUAAACAAAUGUCAACUGUA